AUGGAUGACUUUCUCCUGGAGUUGGAAAUUAUGUCAGAUUUGUUUGAUUUUGGUUCUGACAAAGAUGAGGGAUCAUCCUCCAAGUCUAGUUAUGAAAGGGAAGAUAUGAGGGGCAGGGGGCCAAGAGCUCCAAAAGUGGCAAGGAAUCCCUACAUUGGACCAUUCUCCAAUGUCUAUAUCAAGAAUGCUGAUGAGCAAAAUGCAAAUGACAUGGGCUCCAUACAGGACCAGAAGAGCACACUAGCAAAAGGGUUUUGGCGCAGGUUUGGUAUCUCUCAUUCCUCCUUUGAUUCCAUUGCCAAAGAUUGGGAUGUAGACGGUGAAUACAGAGCACUAAAGAGGAGAAAUAGCACAAGAAGAAUUGAUACUAGGAUCUAG